AUCAAAUAAUGGCAACUUGUAGCCUUGCUGCCUUUCCACCCGCUCUCCUGGACACACAACAUAGCAACCUUUCUCCGAAUCGUCAUCAUGUCAACCAACUCCCGAGCUUUUCCUGCCAUACUGCCAACAUUCAAAGUCCGUCUGUGCUUUCCUCUUCUCUUUCUGCCUCAGAAGCCGCUUUCCACCUCAGCUCCUUCGUCUUCUUGCUAGCGCUGAUAAAACAUGACAAUUAUCGGUCGAGGAUCGAGCUAACAAUGCUAAUGCUAACAACCCACGACACGACGCCCCGCCCCCUUCGGCGGAAGUGACGCAACGUCGAUGGUGACGUACUCUUCCGUUGGAAGUCUAACAAGGAAGUGGACGCAUCCAGCGAUUGCCUCCAGGAGGGAGAAACAAUAAAACAAUACAAAACAAUACUCCUCGGACCGGGUGUCGAGUACCGGCGGCGUGGGGCUGUCACCGGUGGUCACAGUGGACGAGCGUCUCAUCGUCUUAGGGGCUCGCAGCCAGCCAGCCAGCUAGCUCACUCGCUAGCUAGCGAUGAACACGGACGUGGAAUUCCACAUCAGGCAGAAUUAUCCGUGGAAUAAGCUGCCGGCUCACGUCAAACAGAGUUUGGGCAACUCUCAGCGCGAGUACGAGAAACAUGUCCUGCUGUACAGCAUCCGCAACCAGUUGCGAUUCCGCAAUAACUUAGUGCGACACGUGCGGAAGGACGAGCGCAAGUACUACGAGGAGCUGCUCAAGUACAGCCGCGAGCACCUGAUGCUGUACCCGUACCACCUGUCUGACAUCAUGGUCAAGGGGCUGCGCGUCACGCCCUUCUCGUACUACAUCGGAAUCAUGGAGGAUAUCAUGAACAGCGAGAAGAGUUACGACUCCUUGCCCAACUUCACUGCUGCUGACUGUCUGAGGCUGCUCGGGAUCGGGCGAAACCAGUACAUCGACCUGAUGAACCAGUGCCGCUCCUCCAAAAAAUUCUUCCGCCGGAAAUCGGCGCGGGACCUUCUCCCGUCCAAACCGGUGGAGCUCUCCGUGGAGCCGUGGUGGGUGGCGCAGACGGGCUACAUCACCGAGGACGAUAUCAGGAUCUGUUCUUCAGCAGAGAAGAAAGCCAUUGAUAAGAUGAUUGAUUCCGGGCCUCAGCUGGCUGGAUCAAUGGAGUACAACGUGGUGCUAAGUUUGUACAACCGGGGCUUCAUUUACUUGGACGUUCCCAUAUCGGAUGACAGCUGCAUCUCAGUGCCCCCGCUGGAGGGCUUUGUAAUGAACCGCGUCCAGGGUGACUACUUUGAGACGUUACUGUACAAAAUCUUCGUGUCCAUCGACGAGCAGACCAACGUAGCCGAGCUGGCCAACGUGUUGGAGAUCGACUUGGACCUGGUGAAGAACGCCGUGUCCAUGUACUGCCGUCUGGGCUUCGCCGUGAAGAAAGGUCAGGCCAUCAGCUCCGAGCAGCUCCAUCCCACCUGGAAGAACGCGCCCUCCCUCAACAGGCUCAAGAGCACCAUGGACCCUCAGAAGAUGCUGCUGUCCUGGGAGCAGGGCAGCCCCGUCAUGGAGGGAGGCUCCUCGGCCACAGACACGGACACCACCAGUCUGGAGGACCAAGCCGACACCGGCAGCGUGAGCAGCCUGAGCAUCCCGGCGGCCCCCACCAAGCGCAUCGCCUUCCUGUUCGACUCCACGCUCACGGCCUUCCUCAUGAUGGGCAACCUGUCGCCCAACCUCAAGAGUCACGCCGUCACCAUGUUCGAGGUGGGCAAGCUGUCCGACGAGACGCUGGACAGCUUCCUGGCCGAGCUGGAGAAGGUGGAAAGCACAGCAGAGGGCGAGGCUCAGCGCUACUUUGACCACGCCCUCACCCUGAAGAACACCAUCCUCUUUCUGCGCUACAACAAGGAACUCACUCAGGACCAGGGACCUGAUAUCCCAAAUAUAGGUUUCCCCCUGGACAUGCUGCGCUGCGAGAGCCUCCUGGGUCUGGACCAGGCCACCUGCAGCCGCGUGCUCAACAAGAACUACAAGCUGCUGGUCUCCAUGGCGCCGCUCAGCAACGAGAUCAGACCCAUCAGCAGCUGCACGCCUCAGCACAUCGGGCCCGCCAUCCCCGAGGUGAGCUCCAUCUGGUUCAAGCUCUACCUGUACCACGUGACCGGCCAGGGUCCGCCGUCGCUGCUGCUCUCCAAAGGCUCCCGGCUGCGCAAGCUGCCCGACAUCUUCCAGGUUUACGACAGGUUGCUGAUCACCUCCUGGGGCCACGACCCCGGCGUGGUGCCCGCGUCCAACGUGCUGGCCACGCUCAACGACGCUCUCACGCACUCGGCCGUUCUCAUCCAGGGCCACGGCAUGCACGGCCACGGGGAAACGGUCCACAUCCCCUUCCCCUUUGACGAGGAGGACCUGAAAGGAGAGUUCUCCUACUCCAACAUGUGCGUGCACAAGGCGCUCCGCAAGUUGCGCGAGCACGUGGACUUGGAGCACCAGUGCGGCUACAUCACCAUGCUCAACGCCAACAACAGGCACCGGCGCCGGCCCAGCGACGCCAUCGAGUGCGGGGGAGACACCCACCUGGGAGGAGGCCUGGACACCAACGGCAGCACCGAGUCCUUCGAACUGGUGUCGGAAGAGAACAACGGCGACGCACGAGCAAAGACGGACACCCUCUCGUGCGAGGACGAGUGGGCGCCGCUGGAGCUGUGCUUCGGCAUGCCGCUCUUCAGCUCCGAGCUCAACCGCAAGGUGUGCCGCAAGAUCGCCGCCCACAAGCUAUGCGGCGGCGGCAGCCUGCAAGAGCUGCUUCACUCCAGCCGGAAGCUGUCCCUCAAGGUGCUGAGCUUCGUCCAGUCGUUCCAGGACGGCGGUCCGCCCUGCGAGCCGGACAGCGGGGUGACCAGUCCUCUCAGUAAGCCGCCCGCCGAGUCGGGCGUCCCUCUACCGGCCCUCAACAUCCUCUACAAGGACGGGCAGCUGCGAGAGUGGAGCGGGCGGGCCCCCCCCACUCUGGACAUCACAGCCCUGCAGCGCGACCAGUCCACGUAGACCCCCACCCGACCCUCGUCGCCAUCAUCCACCCUUAAUUUUGCAUCCCGGCAUCGAACAAUGGCCUUUUAGCAUCAGGAUCCCCACCAACGCGAGCAUUGGCACCCCACCAGGCAGAAAGACCACUUAGCUCGCGCCCCCCCUCCCCUAGUUGAUGUUUACUAGUGCCCCCCUUCAUGUGGUAUCGGUGUUCCAAAAGUCACCCCCGCCCCCAAGAACUGAGUCUACUCUCAUGUUUAGUGAUCCGAUGCAUGAAGAUCCUUUCCUUUGAGGGGAGCCAUUAAUUGUUUGCACUGUGCAAGACUUACUGUGGAACAAAAGUGUUGGUUUUUUGUCAUUUUUCCUCUCAGUUAGAAAGCACCAAAGAUGUUUUGCUUUUUCACCAUAAGGACUUUUAAGACUUUUUUUUUUUUUUUUUUUUACUUUUU